AUGCUUCUUAACCGCAUGAACAAACAUCUGGAACAGGGCUUCCUGCCGGAAGGCCAAUGCGACUUCCGCCGCCAUUGUGGGACCACGGACAUAAUCUUCGCCGCCCGCCAACUUCAGGAGAACUGUCAGGAAAUGCGGAACCACCUGUACUCAACCUUUGCGAAUCUAAUGAAAGACUACUACACGGUGAAUCGUGAAAGAUUGGGAAAAUCAUACAGAAAUUCGGCCGUCCUGAGCAAUUCACUCAGAUAGUGCGUCAGCUCAACGAUGGCAUUAUGGUGCGCGUCACGGACAAUGGGACCGUGUCAGAAGCAUUCGCACUGGCCAACGGAGUGAAACAGGACUGCGCCCUCGCACCUACCCUCUUCACUCCUAUGUUCCCUGUCAUGCUGACAGACGCCUGCCGUGACAAACACCCUGGGAUCUGCAUCGUCUACAGGACGGACGGUCAACUCCUCAACCACGGUUGAAUACACUUCCAGCCGAGUGUAUACACAACCACCAUCCACGAACUUCUCUACGCCAGCGACUGCGCCUCCAACUCCACCUCGGAAGGGGAUAUGCAGUGGAGCAUGAACCUCCUAGCCGCCGCCUGCGAGAGCUUUGACCUAAUCGUAAACAGUGAGCAAACGGAGGUUAUGCAUCAACCGCCACCAGACGCUGCAUACGUCGCACCCAUAAUCAACGUGAACGGCACCCAACCGCAAGCCGUGGACAACUUCACUUACCUGGGCAGCACCCUCUCCCGUAACACCAAGAUCGAUGGUGAAGUGGCCCGCCGGAUCUCCAAAGCCAGCCAAACCUUCGGCCGUCUGCAAAGCAGUCUCGAAUCGCCACGGUCUCCACCCCGACACCAAAAUGAAGAUGAAAAAGGCGGUCUUCCUACUGGCGCUGCUGUUUGGAACGGAGACCUGGACGAUGUACAAGACGCAGGAGCGAAGACUCAGUCAUUUCCACCUCAGCUGUCUUCGACGGAUACUGAAGCUGGGGUGGCAGGACCGGAUGUGCAUGCAGCAUCACGCAGACGCAACCACUUCCACUCCAGUUGUCUUCGCCGAAUUCUGAAGCUGAGGUGGCAGGACCGGACCCCAGAUACGGACGUACGGGAACGAACGGGAAUCCUCAGCAUUUACGCCAUGCUGAGACAGUUGAAAGUGCGUUGA